AUGAGCUCAGAGUUUUUAGGUUUGCCCGCUACAGAGGAUGAGUCGGAUUCACGCGUGUCAGGGUACUUCCGCGAGGGAUUAGAGAAAGAGUUACGUGAUGGCUUCCGCAAACAGCAGCAGCGAGUCAACAAGGAUCGCCAGGUGGAGCAGCUGGCACUCGCCAAAGGUUUGGGCGAGGAGGCUGUCACGUCUCUGAAAGAGGGCUCCUAUAUCCCGCAUAAGGUACUACCACCCCUCAAGCCAGAGGAGAAGAGAUUCUUUGAGCGCAUCGACUUCAGGAAGUGGCAUCAACAUACUGACCAGAAGCUGGAAGAUGCUGCCGAUCUUCUUCUACCGAUGGUUGGCGAGUGCUCUGCGGCGCAGCAACCUAUACAGGUUCAGGAGCAUCAAACAGCUACAGGGACGGACGUCGAGGAUCCUAACAAUACAUCCCUCUCCACCACUCCCUCGUCGUUAGUAGCACUCAAGGCGGACUCUGGGGAAGAUGCCCAGUGCUUUCUACGGAAGCUGCGCUUCACAUCACGGGCCACGGCCUCUUUGUGCGAUGCCCGUGCUGAGGUGGAGGACAACAUCCAAGCAGUAGAGGAGGCGUUGUUACAGCAAAGCGCGCCGCUUUCGUUUUCGGAGCUGCUUGAUACAGCAGCCUCUCUGCUGGCCGCGAUGGAGCGUGGUAAGCUCACGGAAAACCUCGAGGUGCCGCGCGGUGUGGAGGUGAGGACGGAGAGCGACGAACGCAUGCCGAGAACCCCUGUGGACUCUGCGGAAACGCUGUUGCCGGCAAGCAGCCCAACAACCCGUCUGCUGCACGGCGCAGUGGAGGUGGAGGAGUACGCUCGCCAGCAUCUUCUACCCAAAGCGUACCAGGUAGUCGCCGUCGCCCACACCGCGGAGUGGAUACUGCAGUACACGAUGGUCUACUUGCGCACGACCAUGGCAGUGAAUAAAGACGAGGCGUUCACUCGCUUGACUCUGUUGGCGCGCUGUGUGCGGCUGCUCGGCGGCAUAGAAAACUUUUCCUCCGUCCUCCUCUCCCUGGAAACCAAGUGCGAGGAGUACGCAGGCGUUGUUGCACUGAAGGACACGGCAGAAUGUCACCUCGAAACACUUCUGGACGAGGUGGAGAGUGCGCUAGACGCCGUUUUGCGUGCCCCCUUUCCGUCUCGUCGCACACGUCUUCUACAGGUUGAGCGAGGGGUCUCGAAGCAGCUGCACCGUGCUCUGCUUCUGCUCAACGAAAUAGACCAUAGCUGGACGCCUCAUGUGCACUUUCACUGGGCGUGGAAGGUUCAGCUGCUCACCACGUCAUUUCAUCGUAUACACGGGCCUAUUUCACAGAAGUACAUGCAAUGCAGCAUGGGUUUUAUCGACAACUCUCUCUACGAGAAGGUGGCCGACACACGAAUUACCGGUCGCUACAUGGGUGCCUCGCCGAUUCAGCCCAAAGUGCCGCGCGCGCAGCAGGUGGAGUACGAAAAAAUCUCGGAGGGCCUCACGCUUCAGCAAAUUGGUAUGUCAGUCAAAGGUUUGGCUAGUCUUAUAGUUGGCAAGCAGCUAUGCAUGGGGGCGCGCUACAUUCUUCGCCAGUCGACGAAGGACUUCGACUCCGUAUGGGGCUUUCGCAUGGACGAAGUCAACACUUCGACGACGGAAGAGGAGCUUUGCGAAACGGUAACGAAGAUGGCAGCACAUGCCAAGCAGCAGUUCACUGCCCGGAUGAGUCGCAAAAAAAUGCCUCCCUCCUCGACUUUUCUCACCGCAAUGUAG